AUGGUUGGUAUCGGUUCUAUUAUUCGAAACUACCGUUUUUUGAUCGGUUCAUUUACAGCAGUGAUGCUAAUACUGCUUCUAAGAUCUUCAAAUUCGGGGGAAUUUAAAAAAGCAAACCUCCCAUCUCUAACAGAAGCAGAUGGCUCACAAGAUUUCAACACUUUACCUGUCGGUGGUCCCGGAUAUCUGGAGGAUACAAAAACUGAGAAAGGAAAUCCAUCAGUGGCGAAUGAGGUGAAAAAUGGUUCCAAAGGUGAAGCAUCCUCCGACGCGUUGAAGGGCUAUUCAACUGGUAAAAAAUGUGAUAAAGAACACCAAUUUGUUGUGAUGAUCGAUGCAGGUUCAACUGGCUCUCGUGUUCAUGUUUAUGAAUUUGAUGUUUGUACACAACCACCAACUCUGCUAGAUGAGACGUUCGAGAAGGUUACACCAGGCUUAUCUCAUUUUGAUAUUGAUGCGGUAGGAGCAGCCAAGUCCCUAGAUGGGCUGCUUGAUACUGCUGUAAAGAAGAUUCCACUUAAGUUGAGAGGCUGCUCACCAGUAGCCGUGAAGGCGACUGCUGGUUUGAGAAAACUGGGAGAAGAAAAGUCCGAGGCUAUCUUAAAAGCUGUACGCAAGCAUCUUGAGGAAGACUAUCCAUUUCCCGUUGUUGAGGAAGAUGGUAUUUCGGUCAUGAGUGGUGAGGAAGAAGGUGUUUAUGCCUGGAUCACCACCAAUUUCUUGCUUGGAAAUAUUGGUGCCGGAGAGAAGCUACCCACUAGUGCAAUUUUUGAUCUCGGUGGAGGUUCCACUCAGAUUGUGUUCGAACCGUCAUUUCCACCAAAUGAGAGAAUGAUCGAAGGCGAGCACAAGUAUGACCUGGACUUUGGUGAAGCCAAAUACACCCUUUACCAGUACUCACAUUUGGGUUACGGGCUCAUGGAGGCAAGAAACAGUGUUAACGCUGCAAUUCUAGAGACAGCAAUAAAGGACGGCAAGAUCGAAAAAACUGACUAUGCUCCUGUCAAAGAGAUCGAGUCACCAUGCUUACCUCCCGGAACUAAGGCAGCUAAGGAAGUUGUGACUCUUGCAAACAAUAAGAAGUAUACUGUGACUUUUAAAGGUCCCUCGACGGCUACGGGUCCUGCUCUCUGUAGAAGUCUCGCCGAAAAAAUUCUAAAGAAGGACGCAGAGUGUACGAACCCCCCAUGUUCUUUUAACGGUAUUCACCAACCUUCGCUUGUCCGCACAUUCAAGGAAUCAAAUGAUCUCUACAUAUUCUCAUACUUCUACGACAAAACACAACCGCUGGGAAUGCCUUCUUCGUUUACUUUACAAGAACUAACUGAAUUGGCAAGGCUGGUUUGUAGCGGUGAAGAUGUGUGGAAAAGUGUGUUCAGUGCUGUUGACGGCUCUCUUGACGAACUUCUCAAAGAACCACAAUGGUGCCUCGAUUUAUCGUUCGAAGUUGCAUUAUUGCACACUGGAUACGACAUUCCAUUACAGAGAGAACUGAGAACCGCCCAAACCAUAAAAGGUAACGAAAUUGGAUGGUGUCUCGGUGCAUCGUUGCCGUUACUUGAAUCCACUAAUUGGAAAUGUAAGGUUACAGAAGCUCUCUGA